AUGACCAGAGCGGACCUCUCAAUACGCCAGGCAAUCUUGUUGAACGAUGUGGCCCUUGUCCGCAGACUGCUGAAGCACCACCCUCAGUAUCUGCACAAUCCCGAUUAUUCCGACAAGAGUAAUACUUCGUUACAUCUCGCUGCUCAAUAUGGUCUCACAGAGAUUGCGGAAGUCUUGAUAUCGCUUGGCCAUGACAGCUCUCGAGAGGUGACGGACUGGAUCUAUUCGAACAACGGGGAUAACCUGGGCAUCUCUGUCAACACCGAUGGGAAGACACCACUGCACCUAGCCGCAGCUUAUUCACGGUCUGCCGUCGUCGAGCUUCUAUGCAGGCAUUUCCCUCGAACGAUCAACCGUCCUGAUCACAAAGGUCAAACCCCGCUACACCUUGCAUCAUCCUCCCAGCCUAUGCCUACCGUGACCACCAUAGUCGACCCGACAUCUCGACCCGCUGUCACGCGUCCCGCCGAGGACAACAGCACAAUUGAAAUACUCCUUGCACGCGGGGCAAAUGUGAACGCACAAGAUGAGCAAGGGAAUAUAUGUCUACACAAUGCCACUGCAUGGGGCCACCUGAAAGCCGUGCGGGCUUUGGUUCAAGCAGGUGCAAACCCACGACGCACGAACAAGGCUGGCUGGACACCUGAAUACUACAGCAUCACCGUACAGGCCGAAGUCUAUUACCGGAAUCUGGUGGCAGAAUGGGACAAGAGGAGAUCGCAAGAAGAGAUACGAGCAAACGAGAGACGAGCCAAAGGAGCUGGUGCCGUAAGGCUGGUUCCUCAAGAGGCCGAAAGUGAUGACGGACAAUCAGAAACAGGGAGAAGUCGGGCAAGCAGUGAACGAUCUCAACAAACCAGCGAAAGUGAUGCAGGUCUGGGUAUCACUGUAGACUCGCUCGACACGUGGAAGUGAUUAUGUCGAAUAUCUCAAAAGUACAGAUUCCCACUUGAUGAUGGACGGUGGAGCCGAAUGUUAGAUACGAAUCCGAAUGUCCCAAGGGGCUCCGCAAGUGUGAUAAGGUCAAUCUAUGGCUGAUUGAACCCUGAAAAGGCGCCCGGACUCGGCCCCGUCACUCCCGCGGCCAUCAUCAGCGUCAUCCCAAUUUACAGCCACAUGCAGCACGAGCAUCUUCUGUUCAAACACCAUGAU